UCCUGAUCAAAUUAAAGAAGAACUUACAGCUACAUGUGAGAAUAGCACUAAGGAUGAGGGAGUUGAAGUUGUUGAAAUGAGAAUUGAGAAGAGAGGUUCUGGUGAUUCAACCAGGAAAAAUGGUCAUAUGCUCUAG